AUGUCACGCGUGAAGAGAAUCAGUAAAGAGUUAGAAGACGUUAAGAGAGACACUCUUUCAAAGGUUACGCUUGAACCUGUUGAUGAGGAUAGCCUUCAACAUUUGAAGGGCACUUUUGAAGGACCGCCAGGUACUCCGUACGAAGGAGGAUUAUUUGAAGUUGAUAUCAAGAUUACGGACGAGUAUCCUUUUAAGCCCCCUAUUAUGAAAUUUGACACAAAAGUGUAUCAUCCUAAUAUUUCUUCUCAAACAGGAGCCAUUUGUUUGGAUAUAUUAAAGGAUGCUUGGACGCCUAUCUUGACGAUAAAGUCGUCGUUGAUCUCUCUUCAGUCACUGCUACAAGAUCCUGUUCCAACAGAUCCCCAAGAUGCCCAGGUGGCCAAAGUGUACCUGGAAGACCCGAAGAAGUUUGCUGAAACUGCUGCCAACUGGACUAAGAUAUAUGCGCCUAAUGAGAACUAUAAGCUUCCAGCGGGAAGUAAGGCUCACGAUUACAAAGAGUUUACUCAGCAUGCGGCUGCUCAAGGUCAUCAUCAGGAUGAGUGUGCUAAGUAUGGUAUAGAUAAAGCCAGUGUCAAGAUCUUUGAAGACAUGGGCUUCCCCCAAGACAAGAUAAUUGAGGCGUUCAGAAAACUCAAUCUAAGGAGGGUCAGAGAGGAUGAUAUACAGACUCAACAGAACGUGUUGGAUGACAUCCUUCAUUGA